AUGGUCAAGAAGAGGGCGUCGAACGGACGUAACAAGAAGGGCCGCGGCCACGUCAAGCCCAUCCGCUGCUCCAACUGCUCGCGAUGCACCCCCAAGGACAAGGCGAUCAAGAGAUUCACCAUCCGCAACAUGGUUGAGUCCGCUGCUAUCCGUGAUAUCUCUGACGCCUCCGUCUUCGCCGACUACGCCGUCCCCAAGAUGUACCUGAAGCUGCAGUACUGUGUCUCCUGCGCUAUCCACGGCAAGAUUGUUCGCGUCCGUUCCCGAGAGGGUCGUCGCAACCGUGCCCCUCCCCCCCGCAUUCGCUACAACAAGGAUGGCAAGAAGAUCACCCCCCAGCAGGCCACCAAGGCUCUGUAA